CGCAUGCGCAGUCGCUCCCUUUCCCGUCCCAAUAACAAUCAUUGAAAACGAACAGCAACCCCCGAAGAUUGUUACUUCAUCAGGCUUUCAUUUUCAACAAAUCGCGCCAAUCAUGACAGAAUUACGCCACCGAGGAGCGACGGAUAAAGAGCUGCAGCAUCAAAACUCGGAGGAUAAGGGCUCUGAGACAGAGGCCAAGGAGAGAGAUGGAGCCUCGGACAAUGAGACUAAGGCAGACCCUGGGGUUCCUGAGGUUUCCGUUACUGCCGAUGACACACCAGAGGUUCUCAACAAAGCCCUCUCGGGCCUUUCCUCACGAUGGAAGAACUGGUGGGUGAGGGGCAUCCUCACUCUGGCUAUGAUCUCAUUCUUCUUUUUCAUUAUUUAUCUGGGUCCGAUGGUGCUGAUGAUGAUUGUGCUGUGUGUUCAGAUCAAGUGCUUCCAUGAGAUCAUCAUGAUUGGUUACAGCGUGUAUCACUCUUACCACCUGCCGUGGUUCAGAACACUAAGCUGGUACUUCCUGUUGUGUGUGAACUACUUCUUCUAUGGUGAAACUGUGACAGAUUAUUUCUUCACACUGGUGCAGAGGGAGGAGCCUCUACGCAUCCUCAGCAAAUAUCACCGCUUCAUUUCCUUUGCCUUGUACCUCACAGGGUUUUGCAUGUUUGUUCUGAGCCUGGUGAAAAAACACUACCGCCUGCAGUUUUACAUGUUUGGAUGGACUCAUGUGACCUUGCUGAUUGUGGUGACUCAGUCUCACUUAAUCAUUCAUAACCUAUUUGAAGGGAUGAUCUGGUUUAUUGUGCCCAUCUCCUGUGUUAUCUGUAAUGACAUCAUGGCUUACAUGUUUGGCUUCUUUUUCGGUCGCACCCCUCUCAUCAAGUUGUCUCCUAAGAAGACGUGGGAGGGGUUUAUCGGUGGCUUCUUCUCCACUAUUGUUUUUGGAAUCCUACUGUCCUACGUGAUGUCAGGUUACCGCUAUUUUGUCUGUCCUGUGGAGUUUAACAACGACUCCAACAGUUUCACAGUAGACUGUGAGCCGUCCGAGCUCUUCCAGCUUCAGGACUACGGCCUGCCGCCUGUUCUGCAGUCCAUCACGGGCUGGACCACAGUGAAGUUGUACCCGUUCCAGAUCCACAGCAUUGCCCUGUCUUCCUUUGCCUCCAUCAUGGGACCUUUUGGAGGGUUUUUCGCCAGCGGCUUCAAAAGGGCCUUUAAAAUCAAGGACUUUGCAAACACCAUUCCAGGUCAUGGUGGAAUCAUGGACCGUUUCGACUGUCAGUACCUUAUGGCCACAUUUGUAAAUGUUUACAUCGCCAGCUUCAUCAGAGGGCCAAACCCCUCUAAAGUCAUCCAGCAGCUACUUGCUUUGAGACCAGACCAGCAGCUCCACAUCUUUAACUCGCUCAAGGCUCAUCUGACAGAGAAAGGCCUGCUCCCUGCCCUGGAAGAAGCAGCUUAGCUUUCCAGACCACCCCAGGGACAUCCCACCGGAGUGGGCUGUGGAUAGAGGGAGACGAGUGCAACGGAAGCAGAUCCAGGCAUGUAUGGAAGAGGGAGAUGAAAUAAGGGACAUAAGAAGGGAAACAACGGAAAACUGAAUCACAACCUUGGGUCAUUCCAUUUUCAGUGUGUUUGCGAGAGAGUGAGUGUGUGUGUGUGUGUACAAAUCAGUGUUUUUGCUUACGUUAUUUUAUUUUUUGGUGAACGUUUUAUGUUUAUCUCUUACACGACAAAAGAAUAUUAUAUAUAUAUUAAGAUGACAUUGUUGUUACAGUUCUUUGUGACUUGAGCUGUACAAUUCCACUUGUGUACAAAUGUUCUGUACCUAGAGAUUGUCUGAAUAUUUUAUAGUGUUUAUUAUGUUUUAUUUUGUUUUAAUGCACUGCUCAUCACACUGUCAUUUCAACCUCAGGCUAGUUUUUGUUUAUUUUAUGCUAACAUGUGUUUCCAUACACCAUCGUAGUUUCAAAAAAGAUUGUAUUUUCACUGCAAAUUGCCAUAAGUCAUAUUUGUUUCCUUGGUCUUGGAUUUUGACAUUUUUGUAACGUUAUAUUUAAGACAAUUCUGGUCAUUGACAUUAGAUGUGCGCUUCAGCCCAAUAGGUGGUGACUGUUACAGUUCAGCUGUGAGACUGUAUGUAUAUUGUACUUCCUGAAGGUAAGGAGAAGAUUCAGAUGUCAUUCAGUGUUUGAGAGGAAGUUUAGACCUCGUCAGGCUAUAAUUACAUGGGUUUAAUGUUUGUUACAAAGAAACAGUCCCUGUAAACCAAACAAAUAGGAAGUAACUUUAAUUAGAAUUAUAUUGUUAAUAGUUAAUAACAAUUAGUUGUUACUCAGCACUGAAAAAGACCAUUUGGAGAUGUUGACAAACUUUUCGCACUGAAUGUUAAAGGUUUAAGAAUUACUGUUUGUGAUCUAAGUCAUAAUUUUAUCAUUUCUAGUUUUAAUGUUUUGUUGUCACUGAGCAGUUACAAGCUAAUCUUAGUCAAGUUGUCUGUGUUUUGUGUGUGUUUGUGAACCGUUACAUGCUAAAUGGUUAAUGAUCAGGCUGGGCCGUCAAAUCUCAAUUGACUGUUUUAGUUUUUAAUUCAUUUCAUACGAGUUUUGUUCCAUUUUCACUGCACGAGGCCAAGUCUACCAUGUCUCAUUUUAUAAUUCUGUUUCACCUGUUUUGUUUUUACCAUCACCUCCUGUGUCAACUCAACCAAAAAAAAAAGGCUCAGAACUAUAGUUUGUCUUGCUGAGGGUAUUUUGUUCCUCUCUAACACGUGUUGUCAUUAACACACGUGCCAUAAACAAUGUUUAUUUUAAGAAAAUUAAACCUUAAUGGGUGUCAUCGAGCAGCUUUAAAAGAGUAUUGUUAUGAGGAUGUAACAGGCUCAGGUUAAUCUGUAAGCCACAGUCUGUAGGAACAGUCCACUGCCAUUCAUCAAUAAAGAUCCAUGAGCACAUACUUUCAGACCUGUGUGUAUUGACAAGACUGAUAAACUGUAUUGAUGGGCAAGUCAUAUGUUUUUGUUUUUAAAGGCAUGUUUUCUUUUUAUGCUCACAGGUCUUGAAAAAUAAAUAGGCAGCUUAUUACCUGAAUGAUGUUAAAUCAUGUACAUGAUUUUAAUGGACAGUUCAAGCCAUAUAGCUUCAAGGGAAUGUUCACCCCAAAAUGAAAAUUCUGUUAUUAAUUACUCACCCUCAUCUUCAGAACACAAAUUAAGAUAUUUUGAUAAAAUCCGAGAGCUUUCUGACCCUGCGUAGACAACAAUGGUCACAUUUAAAUCCCAGAAAGGUAGUAAGGACAUCAAUAAAAUAAUCCAUGUGACAUCAGUGGUUCAACUGUAAUUUUAUGAAGCUAUGCGAAUACUUUUUGUGUGCAAAGAAAACAAAUAUAAUGACUUUAUUCAACUAUUUCUUCUCUUCCGUGUCAAUCUUGGCCAGGCAUUCAGAGAGUAGCAACAGGGUUGCCAGGUUUUCACAACAAAACCCUCCCAAUUGCUACUCAAAACUACACCAAUCGUGUUUAGACGGGGUACCCCGUCAAAAAUCGCGUUCUGCAGGGUAAUAUAUAUUAAUUAAUUAUAUAUUAUAUUAUUAAUAUAUAUUAAUAUAAAAAAUUAAUAUAAUAUAUAGUAAUAUAAAAAAUAAAUAAAAUUUAUAAAAUUAUAUAUAUAUAUAUAUAUAUAUAUAUAUAUAUAUAUAUAUAGGGUUCCCCUGGUAAAAUAAGUCUUUUAAUAUAAAUAGGGGAUAAAUAUCACGUUUUUGGGGUCGCUUUAACCCUCCGGCGGCUGUUAAAGUAGCCCUUUUCCGCGGGAAAAAGGCGGACUUGGCAACACUUACAGGUCGCAUGCCUGUGUUGCAGCGUUCUAAAGUAGAACCCGGAUGCGGCUGCUGCUUGUUUACAAGCAGAGGAAGAAGUAAAAAAACAGUCUUAGUAAACAUGUCUGAAGAUUUCGACAGAGCGGAUGACUUGACAUUUUUUGCUCAGCUUUACUUAUUCAAACCAUAAUAUACAAUGAAGAGGAUAUAAUAAUAGAGAUCAUAUGUACAUCAUAAGGUCAGUUCCUGUGUCAGCAUGCUAAAUUGUUGAAUCAAGUUGUUAUUUUUGUUUUCUUUGUGUAUUAAAAGUAUCUUGGACUAUUUUAACGAUGUCCCUACUAACCUUAACUUACUGGGCCUUGAAUGUGGUAUGUAGGGUCAGAAAGCUCUCGGAUUUCAUCAAAACUAUCUAUCUUCAUUUGUGUUAGAAGAUGAACGAAGGUCUUACGGGUUUAAAACGACAUGAGGGUGAGUAAUUAAUGACAGAUUUUUUAUUUUUGGGUCAACUAGCCAUUUAAGUAUGGAGGACAGAGCAGUGACAUAACAAUAAUAAACAAAGUUUUACACUGUUGAAGAAUUAGGACCAUAAAUCCGUGUGUAAUAUUUGAAUGCCCUCCAUAUUUUCACCAUACACCAUCAAUGCAUGUUUUCAAUUACUUUGUUUCAUUCAGUAAACAAAACCGCAUUAUCUUCAUCUGUGUUAAGUGGUGCGGAUUUUUUUUUCUAAGAUAAUUUAUUAUUGAUUAUAAUUUCGUGUUAUUGUACCUUAUUAGUUCAGUUCACUGUUCUGAUUUUAUAGAGAGAAUUACAUACAUUAUAAUAGAAUAUAAGAUUAUAUAGUAUAUACUGUAUAUGUUUGACGUAGAGAUGACUCUAUUCUUAUUCUUUACUGUUUUUGAAUGGUCCUCUAAGCCAGUCUGUGCUCUGUGUAUGUAUAGGCCCCUGUGCUGAAACAUUAGCGUACUGUACAAUGUCCAAACGUUAACAGAGCAGUUUCAAUGUUUUACAGUCAACAGAGAGAGUUACAAACCCGACAUGUUGCUGGGCAACCACUGAAAUCAGGAGAGUGGACAGAGACAUAUGCGUUUGAGUGCGGUGACCAUAAACGUUUAUAAAGAACCUAGUGCUGUCAAACGAUUAAUAGCAUCCAAAAUAAACGUUUUUGUUUACAUAAUAUGUGUGUAUGUACUGUAUUAUGUACAUAUAAAAACACAUACAUACAGUAAAUAUUUGCAUGCAUUUGUAUGCAUUUAAUUUAUAUUAUAUAUAAAUAUAUUUAAUAUGUAAACACAAUUUUUUUUUCUUAAAUAUAUAGAUGUGUGUAUUUAUAUAUACAUAAUAAAAACAUACACAGACAUAUACUAUGUAAACAAAAACCUUUCUUUAAAAUGUGAUUAAUCGUUUGACGGCACUAAAAGAGAUACAUUUAUCAAAGUCUUCACUGCAUGCCAAAAUAUCUAACUUCGUUUCUGUUAUAGUGUUACAGUUCGAACAAGUAGAACGCUUUUUUAGACUCUUGCGCGUACCAUUCUUAACCACUAGAAUGCGCCAAACAUUCGUUUUUUUGUGUGCGUGUGUUCUUAUAUAUAUAUAUAUAUAUAUGAAUGUUUUAACAUGCUUAAAACGUACUAUAUCUAUAUAUAUAAAUAUGUUAUAUAUAUAUAUGAAUGUUUUCUGUGAUUGGAAGUUUUAGGGAUAGGUUACUAAGAGGUUUAGUGUAGGUAAAGUGAGUUUUAACAUCUAUAAUACAAUCAGACCCCACGAAUUAGGAUACGUGUAUGUCUGCGUGUGGUUAACCAGUGCUAGUGAAACCAGACACACAUUCUGUUGGUUACAAUGUUUUAAACGCGCAUUUUUGGUGUGAUGCCUUACUUCUGUUAUUCGGAAGCACUGCCAUAACAUUUUAUCCUUCUUAGUAAGUAUACUAAUGUAGAAGUGUCAAAGAGAAACUGACUGCAGUGCAGUUGUGCUCUCCAUAUUUCUGCCAAUUUGUUAAUGACCAUUAAAGUAAAAACAGAAUUGUUAAACCCACUCAAACGUGUUAAGCUCUUUUGGUUUGCCACUGAGAAGAAGAAACUACUCUCUGUUAAACAAGUUAACAACAACGGCUCAACAUGUUGUUGUUGUUGUUGUUGUUUGUCUUGAAGUAUCAUGGUCUGUAUUUCUGUUUUGUAAUUUUGAUAAAGCAGAUAAAUGUGCUUUCCCUGCCGCUUUGUGUACAGUGAUUUGUUCAUUUGUAAAUGGUUAAUAAACAGGAAAGCUAAGUAUAUAUAUAAAUA